UUAAUUGUCGGCAAUAUGUUUAUUAAUGUCAUCGUGCCAUUUAUAUCAUUUUAUGUUCGAAGAAUAGAGAAACAGUUUUUAAAUCGUGCUUCUGCCACUAUUCAACAAACUCGAAAUCUACAAAUUCAUGAAAAUCUUGCUUAUACUUUAUUGAAAGAUGCUGGAAUUCCAACACCACCAUUUGGAGUAGCUAAAACUCCAGAAGAGGCAGAAAAAAUAGCAGCGAAUCUUAAUACAAAAGAUAUUGUUCUAAAAGCUCAAGUUCUUGCUGGAGGACGUGGAAUAGGACAUUUCAAGGAUACCAAUGUCAGGGGUGUUGUUAUGUGCGAAAGUCCCAAAGAAGCUAAAACUGUGGCUAGUAGUAUGAUAGGCAAAUUAUUAAUAACUAAACAAACUGGACCGGCUGGUAAAAUUUGUAAUUCAGUAAUGGUAACGACACGUAUGUUUCCACGUAAAGAAUAUUAUAUAUCAGUAAUGUUGGAAACCACUUUUGAUGGUCCUGUUAUAAUCGUAUCUAAGCAAGGCGGUGUAAAUAUCGAAGAUAUUGCUGCUACGAGUCCGGAAGCUAUAUCGUAUACGCCAAUAGAUAUUAUGAAAGGUUUAACACUUGAACAAAUAAAUAAAAUUGUGGAUAAUUUAGGUCUUGAAGGGGAAUCAAAAAAACUCACCUCAAUAAUUAUUUGCAAUCUCUAUGAGUUAUUUAUUGAAAAAGACGCUUUGUUACUUGAAAUUAAUCCAUUUGCAUUAGACAUUUGUGAAGAAUAUUUUGCUUUAGAUUGUAAAUGUUCUUUUGAUGACAGCGCAGAAUUUAGACAGAAGGAAUUAUUUAAUCUACAAGAUAUAUCACAAAUUGAUCCUAGUGAGCUUCAUGCAACUAAAUUUAAUUUAAAUUAUAUACAUUUGGAUGGAAAUAUAGGAUGUUUGGUAAAUGGAGCUGGAUUAGCAAUGGCUACUAUGGAUGUAAUAAAAAUGAAUGGCGGUUUUCCAGCUAAUUUUUUAGAUGUUGGUGGUUCUGCUACUAAAGAAGCAGUAACAGAAGGUAGAAGCAAUAUUCGUAAAUAUUUUUGGCGGUAUUAUGAGAUGCGACAUAAUCGCACAAGGUAUUAUUGCUGCAUCCAAAGAAUUACAGAUAAAAGUGCCAAUAGUUGUAAGACUACAGUAAAUAUCAAGAAAGGUGGGGACAUGAAGGCGCAAGUUACGUUUCGCAGUCCACUGCCACUAUUUAGUAAGAUGGCUACUAUGUUGUCUCGGACUAUCUCACUCGUUGAAAAUCUUACCCGAUUUAAUGGAUCAAAGAUAUUGGGAUGCAAAAUCAACUUAGUAAAACAAGUAAGGAAUUUAAAUGUUCAUGAACAUAUUAGUUAUAGUUUAUUGAAUGAAGCUGGAGUUCCAACUCCUAAAUUUGGAGUUGCAAAAACUCCAGAUGAAGCAGCAAAACUUGCUGCUGACUUAAAAUCUAAAGAUAUUGUUUUGAAAGCACAAGUUUUAGCUGGUGGCAGAGGAAAAGGGCAUUUUAAGGGAACUAAUAUAAGUGGUGUGAAAAUGUGUGAAACACCAGAAGAAGCCAAAAAAUUAGCCAGUCAAAUGUUAGGUAAAUUACUAAUUACUAAACAAACAGGCGAAGCAGGUAGAAUAUGCAAUGCAGUAAUGGUAACACAACGCAUGUUUCCUCGUAAAGAAUAUUAUCUUGCUGUCAUGAUGGAAAGAGCUUUUGGUGGUCCAGUCAUAAUAGCUUCAAGUCAAGGUGGUGUAAAUAUUGAAGAAGUUGCUGCAACAAAUCCCAGUGCUAUUAUGUAUGAACCUAUUGAUAUUUACAAGGGUAUUACAAAAGAUCAAGCAGAACGUAUUGCUAUUAAACUUGGACUUCAAAAUGUUAAAGAUUAUAUUUCUAAUAUCAUUGUGAAUUUAUAUCAAAUGUUUCUUAAAAAAGAUGCUCUUUUGCUAGAAGUAAAUCCUCUGGCAGAAGAUGUUAAUGGACAGUAUUUUGCUUUGGACUGCAAAUGUAGAUUUGAUGAUAAUGCUGAAUUUAGGCAAAAAGAAUUAUUUUCUUUGAGAGAUUGGACUCAAGAAGAUACCAAAGAAGUUGAAGCUGCUAAAUAUGAUUUAAAUUAUAUUGCACUUGAUGGCAAUAUUGGUUGUAUGGUAAAUGGAGCUGGUUUAGCCAUGGCUACUAUGGACAUUAUAAAAUUACAUGGAGGAGAACCAGCUAAUUUCUUAGAUGUAGGUGGUGGUGCAUCUACAUCUGCUGUGAAAGAAGCAUUUAAAAUAAUUACAUCUGAUUCACGAGUUCACGCUCUUUUAGUCAAUAUAUUUGGUGGAAUUAUGAGAUGUGAUGUUAUUGCAGAAGGAAUCAUUGCUGCAACAAAAGAACUUAGCUUAAAAAUUCCUGUUGUUGUUCGAUUACAGGGUACAAAUGUAGAUGAAGCAAAAGCUCUUAUCGCGAAUGCAGGUUUAAAAAUUGUACCAAUUGAUGAUUUGGAUGAAGCUGCUCGAGUCGCAGUUAAAUUAUCAACGAUUGUCAAAUUAGCACAAUCUGAAAAUCUUAGCGUUAAUUUCGAAAUACCUUCAAUUUCAUAAAUUUAGUAAAAAUUAUAAUUUGCAUAUUAUGAAAAAAAA